AGGGCACGAAGACAAAGCUGCCCGGAGACGCCGGGUGGCGUCAUCGUGGGCCCGCUUUUGCGCCGGAGCAAAGUUCGGGAGGCCGCGUUGCCGCCAUGUUUUAUGAAGGCAUCCUGCAGUUCUGAUGACGUCCUCGCAGCCUUCGGCUCUUAGUUGUCAUCCACUUUAGUGGGCCCUCGAGAGGCCGGUCCCUGCUCUCUCUCUCCGUAAUGACCACCUUCCAACCCCGGGACCCGGUCUGGGGACGCGUUCUUGGGCGAGAGAGGUUCUGCUGACCCAGGCCCGGCCAGGGGGGCGGCUGGCGCGUCGCCGGGACCGGCGGUUCCCAUGGCACCGCCUCCGGCCCCGCGCCCCUCCCGGGACCCAGACGGGGCCGGGCGCGAGUGGAGGAAGCCCGGGGCCGUGAGGUUCGCGGACGUGGCCGUGUACUUCUCCCCGGAGGAGUGGGGGUGUCUGCGGCCCGCGCAGAGGGCCCUGUACCGCGACGUGAUGCGCGAGACCUAUGGCCACCUGGGCGCGCUCGGAGUCGGAGGCACCAAGCCAGCGCUCAUCUCCUGGGUGGAGGGAGAGGCGGACUUGUGGGGACCCGAUGCCCAGGAUCCGGAGGUGGCGAAGGGUCCGGCAGGAGCAGAUACAGCAGGUUCCAGAAACAAGGAAAAGAAGAGACAAAGGGAAGGGACUGAAGCUCUGGGGAAGACCUUUUCAAUGGCCACAGGUCCUCCUGGGCUGAAGGCUCCCCUGGUCCCCUCUCCUGGGCUCCCUUACGGUUUGGAGCAGCCGUCCAAGGGGCCUCGCCGGGGUCGCCCCCCGCUCGGCGCCCACCCCCGUGUCCUGCGAGCAGACCAGCGUCACGGCUGCCACGUGUGCGGGAAGAGUUUUGCCUGGCGCUCCACGCUGGUGGAGCACCUCUACACCCACACGGGCGAGAAGCCCUUCGGCUGCCCGGACUGCGGCAAGGGCUUCAGCCAGGCCUCCUCCCUGAGCAAGCACCGGGCCAUCCACCGAGGUGAGCGGCCCCACUGCUGCCCCGACUGCGGCCGGGCCUUCACCCAGCGCUCUGCCCUCACCACCCACCUGCGGGUGCACACAGGCGAGAAGCCCUACCACUGUGCUGCCUGUGGCCGCAGCUUCAGCCAGAGCUCGGCCCUGUACCAGCACCAGCGGGUACACAGCGGCGAGACGCCUUUCCCCUGCGCUCACUGCGGCCGCGCCUUUGCCCACGCCUCGGACCUGCGGCGCCACGUGCGCACCCACACUGGCGAGAAGCCCUACCCGUGCCCGGACUGCGGGCGCUGCUUCCGCCAGAGCUCCGAAAUGGCAGCCCACAGGCGCACCCACAGCGGCGAGCGCCCCUACCCCUGCCCUCAGUGUGGCAGGUGCUUCGGCCAGAAGUCAGCCAUGGCCAAGCACCAGUGGGUCCAUCGACCAGGGGCCGGGGGGCGCAGGGGCCGGAGAGCCAGUGGGUUGUCUGUGUCCCUGGCCCCUGGCCGGGGGGACCUGGACCCACCUGUGGGCUUCCAGCACUAUCCAGAGAUAUUCCAGGAGUGCGGGUGACAACCUCAAAAGUGACAAGGCACAGGGUGAAGAUCUAGACGUUGUCUGGGGCCCAGCAUGGCUCCAGGGAGGUCACAGAAUUCCUGGCAGGAGCUGGAGCUGGGGGAUGAGAACAGUCUCAUCUCCGUCUGCCCUCAUCUUGGUCCCUCCUGCCCCAGACUCUAGCAGCCCCGUUUGCUGAGCCAGGGCUGAGGUGAAAAGCCCCAUCAGACCCCCAUGUGUUAAGAGGAUUGAGGUAAAUGGGAACCUUGAUUUACCCAUGUCUUUUUACUGCAGAAGUUGAAAACUGAUGGUGGCAUAAUGAAUCUGGCCUGUAGCUACCUUGUUUGUUUAUUUUUUGGCCCAGGCAGCAUUUUUAAAUGUUAUGAAUUAGUGGUCAAAAUUUAAAAAUUGGGAUACUUCACACAAAAAUCGAGGUUUCUGGCUUUUUUGGAAAAAUUCAUAGAUUUGGCAGCUUAUCCUAAACUCCUGCAAGACCAUAGUUGGUGGGAGCUGAGCCCACCCCUGUGGCCCUAGUCUAUCCCCCCUGCUCCCAGUCCAUCCCUGGUGCCCCUAAUCUAUCCCCUGUGCCCCCAAUCCAUCCAGUCGAUGGAGCUGCAGCCAGAACUGUUCACCAUGACCCUCCUGGCCAAGCAUCUGUUAACAUUUGUCAUGGCUCGCUUUUAGCAUUUUUGGUGUUUUUCUUCAAGUAGAGUAAAGAAGAAAGUGAAAUAUUUCUUGAACCCGUGUCUGUCAAAGCAGGCCUUAUUCACCUGGCAUUUGCCAUUCAUUUAUAUGACCUGCUGGGCUCCUAUAGUCAUUUGAGUUUGCAAACCAUUCUCUACAGCAUUCAGGUUUUCCUGAAUUGGAGAGAGCAUGUAUGUGAAAGGGUGGCAGAAGAGAAGUGAAAAUAGGCUUUUUUUAGAUCUUUGCUUGUAUCGCAUUUUAUGAUUUUCUUUCUUUCUUUUUUUUUUUUUUAAGGAUGGCCGGUAAGGGGAUCUUAACCCUUGGCUUGGUGUUGUCAGCACCACGCUCAACCAGUGAGCUAACCGGCCAUCCCUAUAUAGGGAUCCGAACCCGUGGCCUUGAUGUUAUCAGCACCGCACUCUCCCGAGUGAGCCACGGGCCAGCCCUGCAUUUUAUGAUUUUCAAAGUACUGGCUUGUCCAUCAAGUCAUGUCAUGCUCAUCGCUGGAGAUGAAAGCAACUUGCUUGAAGAGGACAUCCCAGUCAAAAGGAGGCAGUCAGGAUUGAAUCUUUCAUCCCAAUCCAAGUGGUAUGUCUGCUGUGCCACGGCAGCACUCUCAGCUGACCGGCUAUUCCUAGUUUUGAAAGGGAAGGCCCCGAGAGGUCCCUCAGUCCUCCCUUGGCCUCCCUGGGAGAGCCCGAUGGCUCAGGCCUUUUUGGUCAGCCUAGUCCCAGCCAGGAGGGCCUCAUCACAUUUUUGAACCAGAGAUCUCAGCUUUUCCAUCCUUUUGCAGUUGAGGACACUGAGAGGGAUGGCGAAGCAACCUGUCCAAGGUCACAUGCAGAAUGAGACCCCAGGGUUCUUGGUUUACUGCUGUCUUUACCACAUCCCUCCUGAGUUCCUUGCCAGUGUCUCAGCCAGGGUUCCGGAGGGAUCUGCCCACUCCCUAUGACAAUGUGUAGGCCUUAAUCUGGACUGGGACAGGCUAGCCCAGUGUCAGCAAAGCCCAGGCACCAGAUGGGUCUGACAAAACAGCCACAUGACAGACCAGGUUGAGGGAGAAACCAGCCUGGGAUGAGAGUUCCAAGGUGAAAGCAAAGCUUGCAUCUUUGCUGUUUAGAUCCCCACCACUGUGAACAAAGGGGACUAGGCCAGGAACAUUUGUGUUAGAUUUGUAGCCAUAGGGGACCAUACCCAUCUGUAUUCCCAUGCUCUGCAGAGAAUCCCGCUCCCCCACCCCCCGCCGCCGCCACACCACCUUGUGACUCCAUUAUGCAUCUAUCACUAAGUCCUUUGUGGUCAGAGCCCACUCUUGUGCAGGUAACAGAAGCAGCCAGCCAUGGGCAGACCCUGCCUGCCUGUGGUCAGGACAUUUCCCUCAGAGAGUAGUAGCGAGGGCUUCUGUCCUCUGCUGGCUGUGCACACAGCCUGUUCGUUCAUUUCAGCCCUGCGUCUGGCUACCUUAGGGAGGAAGAAACCAAAUGAGUCAACCUGGAGAAAAUUCUAAAGAAGGAGGUAGGAUAUUUGAAGAAAAGACACUUCAGAUGAAGUAGUGAACUGACUCGAUCCCAACCAAAUCUUCAAAUCCCACCCCACCAAAUCCUCCCUUGCUUUAAGCUUUUCUGGGGAGGAUUGGCUCAUGUGCCACCUUGUCACAAGGAGGACAUGGAGGGAGAAGAGGCACCUUGGCAGUAGGAGCUACCUUUGUGCCAGCUUUUAUUAGCAGUGUACAACCCCCUCCCUCCCCAAUCCCCCGUGCUGCUGGGGAAAGCCUAGCUUGCAACACAAGUUCUCAGCUCAGACUCAAAACCAGAUCUAGACUCUGCCCUCAGCUUGCCAAUUAAAAGUGCCAUAAUUACUACUUAGAGAUCUCUGAGUGCUUUGAAGUUUGGAAGGUUUGCUUAGGGACCAGAAACCAGACCCAACUCCUCUGCUUCCUGCCCUCAUGACCCAACCUUCCACCAUUUAAUCAAUUUUUUAGUGUCAUGAAACCCUUAAGCCUCAGCCCCACUCCAUUCUCAGCUCCUCGUCUCUUGGCACAGAUACUUCCAUCCAAAGUAGGGCUUCCGUUUCUCUCAGUUACCACAGGUCUUUGAUGCUCAGCCCAGAAGCAAUUUAAGCAAGGGAGAGGGUUUUCCCAGGGCUUCAUCGGUGCAUUAGGAGAAAAGCUUUUCUGCACCAGACAUGAUAAUCCCCAGCCCAGUGGCCUACAAGAAUGAGAAAUAGAGGCCAUGACCACAGGGCCUGUCUCUAGCUUGUCGAGGCCACUUAAAACAAGAGUAGGUACUAAUUUGAGCUCCAAAGACCCCUAUGAUUCCUUGGAAUGUCUAUCUGUGUGUGUCUUUCUAGGAAUAGAACACUCCAAGAUGUUUAUUACUCAAAGAAGCUAAAAACUGCUCUAGGCCAGUAUUUUCUUUUUCUUUUGGGUGGUUGGCCAGUAUGGGGAUCUGAACCCUUGACCUCGGCGUUAUAGCACCAUGCUCUAACCAACUGAGCUAACUGACCAGCCCUAUAGGCCAGCAUUUUCAAAGUAAGGCCUCCCUGCCACAGAAUCAGACGGGAGUAUCUUUUAAAAAUGUAGCUAGAAGGGCUGGCCCAUGGCUCGGGAGAGUGCGGUGCUGAUAACACCAAGGCCAUGGGUUCAGAUCCUAUAUAGGGAUGACCGGUUCGCUCACUGGCUGAGUGUGGUGCUGACAACACCAAGCCAAGGGUUAAGAUCCCCUUACCAGUCUUUUAAAAAAUAAAAAAAAAAAUUAAAAAUGUAGCUAGAGACCUGCACCUUACCCCUAGCCUAUUGAAUCAGAAUCUACAGGGGUGGAAUUUUAUGCUUGCUGAAGUCAGCGAAAACCAUUGCUCUGAAAAAACUUUAUUUUCUAGCUGCUUUUAGUUUUGCAAGAAUCUCAGGGCCUGUCCCAAAUGUGUGAGGCCAGGGGAUGACCUACUCAUACACAAAGAACCCUCAUUCUCUUUGUUCUUCCCAGAGAGCCCUGUGCCAUGGCUGGUCUCUUGUCGGGUACCUCAGAUCAGACUGAAUAGACUGGGGCAUCUCUUUUAGCAUCUGACAGAGAGGCAUUUAGAGGGCUUGUCCUUUGCAUACAGCAAGGCAGCAGUUCAUGCAGAAGGCUUUCUCACACUAGAACCUUGUGCAGGCUCUCCCUAGCACAGGUGCUGUGGUGCAGGCCAUGCCGGCUGGACCAUGAACAUCGGUGCACUGAAUGGCUCUGCCCAGUGCUGCUGCACACCAAGGGAGGAUGUUGGGGACAUCUACCUAACUCAGCACCUGCACAGGGGCUCCUCCUCUCCAUGGACACAGUGCUAUAACAAGGCCAGUGGACUUCCCCCUUGUCCUCUCUUGAAUUAGUUGGUGCUGGGUCAAGUUGUAAUUCUGGUUUAUCAGAGGCUUCCUGUGCACAGAGCCUCACUGCUGUGGGUGUGUGGCAGGCUGAGGUUGGCUGCCUGUUGAAUUCCCUGUGCAUAGGCAGGACCCAGGUGCUGGAGGAGGCUUGCUGGAAGUCAGCCAUUCUUUUACUGUAGGCAUCAAUGAGGCUGUAUUUCCACGUGGAAAUGCUGGUGCUAGAACAACUUGAAACCCUGGCCCAUCUUCUGCCACCCUUGGGGCUUGUGGCAUGAAGAGUGUAAGCAGUUGACCAUAUCAGAGCUGGGGCUGGGGGCCUGCAACACAUUUUGUAGGGUAUGAUAGCUUCUUGUGUGAUUUUUCUGGAAGAUGAGCAAGUUGGAGGUCAGAGAAAAGUGUCUCAUGAAGGACAUUUUGGUUUCUCACCUGUGUGAGUGCUUUGAGGAUGACCAGGGAGUGCCCCAUAUCCAUCUCUUCCCAGUGGGUGCAUUUGUAGGGUGUUCUGCCUGUGUGGGCUCUCUAAUGCUGGACCAGGUGAGCCAUUCUUAGUAAAGGUUUUAGGACAAACAGACUUUGAGAUGGGAGCUGGAGGCUGUUCCUUUGGGGGGCAGAAAGUUACCCCCAGUUCAUUUUUGGGACCAUCUCUAUGAUUCUAAUAGUCUCUAUUGAGAUCUUUUCUCAAUAGAUCAUUUUAGCCUUUUACCACUUGGUAUUCUCCAAAUUCUUGUUCUCAUCUUUCAGGAGAAUGGAAGAUGCUAUCUCUUACACUUUCCUCUGUGUAAUGGUAAAUUAAUUUUUAAAAAUUAUGGAUUUUUAUAAUUUCCUUAUUUUAAAACACUGCUGGUUCUCCUAAUGUUUUCCAAAUGUGAGAAAACUCCCUCUCUCUCUCUUAAGCUAUCUAUAACUAAUGACAGUUUGGUAAAAUGUCAUUUAAAACAGAGAUAAAAAUAUUUGUUUUCUCCCUAUUUGAUCCCCCCAAAUUUAAUAACUUUAAGUAUCCUUAUGAUUAUUAUGGCAAUGUGGCUAUUUUUAUAAGUUCAAUGAAAAUUAACUCUGUCUCUUUAUAACAGGAUAUAAUUUAAAACUUUGGAUAUAAGAUAGCAUGUCUCACUUCUAAAUUGCUGACCCCUCUUUCAUGUUGCCUUAAUUUGGCCUAACUGCUGCUUCAUCCUGCUGUUCACCCCCCCCCCCCCCCCCCGCCGCCGACAUGGAACAGAUCACUGAAAGAAAGUGAGCCGGGAUGCUUCUUUUAAUAACCCCCUGGGAAAGGAAUUCCCAGUGCUGUGGGAUUUACGCAAAGAAAAGUAAGACCUUUUCAAUCAAGAUAUCGAUCAUCAAUGCUUUUAUGAGGAAUGCCUUGAUCAUAAAGGGGGAAAUAACGUCUUCUCUACAAAAGCAGCUGUCUAAAUUUUCCUGGCUUUUAAGAGGGUGUUUGUAACUUGGAUGAGACAUCCUGUUCCUAAACAAAAGACUUGUAAUUGAUCAAAUAUUUUACAAAAGACUAGACACUCUGAAAGCAAUAAUGUCCUGGACAAUUUAACAUCAACAAACUCUCUGGACUCAGAAUCAACUAUUAUAUGGAGCAGAAUCCCUUUCCGGAGUUUCAACAAUUGGUGAUUAUACCCAAUUCACAGCACAUGGAAUGAUGCCGAUGCAGCCACUGAGAGACGAUGACAUCAUCAGUCCUCACCUGAAGUAAAUUAAAAGGACUUGCCAUGCUAAAUGAUAACAACUUCGCUUUAAAUGCUUUUGUCUUAACUGUGCCAACCUGAUCUAUAGCUUUUGCCUUUUCUUCUAAAUAAAUAAAAUGGGGGGGGAGAUGUAGAUGAUGCAUAAAGCGUAUGUACUUCACAGGGCCUGGUUUUCCAAAGCCUUGCAGUUUCAAAUAAUGAAUGACCUUACAAAAAACAGGAAAUUUUCCCCAGGCUAUUGAGUCUCUGUUGUAAGAUAAAGAGUUGUAACACAGCAAGGCUGCUGGUUCAAAGACAGACAAAUUACUGAUUGAUAUGUAAAGAUACUGGGAAAUUGCUGUAAGAAGAGAAUGUUUGCUAAGAUCAAGCUUUUGUUGGUGGAUCACUUAUUGCCUAAUAGAAUGUCAUCUGGCUUGUUUCACUGAAAGUUACCACCCUAUAUUGUUAAACUAUAACCCCACCUAUGUCUCUUGUUGUAACUUCCUAGGCUGGAGAAUAAAUACAGGAAGGGAACCCCAAUUCGUGGUUAAUUUCCCAAGGAAGGAAUGCCUCUCUCUUGAGGGUUCAGGAAAAUUAACCACUUCGGGGUUUCUCAC